AUGGAUGAUGUGAGGGUUAAGGAAGUACUAAAAGAAUUUGAAGAUGUGUUCUCUGAAGGGCAUGGGAAAAUCAAGGGUUAUAAAGCACGAAUUCACGUUCGAGAAGAUGCAAACCCUCAACAUUUUUCAGCACGCAGGGUUCCGUUUCCCUUGAAAAAACGAAUUGAGAAUGAGCUUACAAGACUUGUAAAUGAGGAUAUCAUUGAAGAGGUAGAUCCUGCUGCUACACCUAUUCCCUGGGCUACCCCAACAGUUAAUGUAGAGAAGAAUGAUGGUUCAAUAAGAAUUUGUGGAGAUUUCCGAGUCACUUUGAAUCAAAAUUUGGUCCCAGAAAAUGCAAUUAUUCCGACAUUUGAGGAACUAACAAACAAAGUUGCAGGCGGACAAGAGUUUUCCAAGAUAGACCUACGAGAUGCAUACCUACAAAUGGAGGUUGCAGAAGAACACCAAAAGUAUUUAGUAAUAGCAACGCAUAGUGGUUACUAUAAAUACAAACGUUUACCUUUUGGGAUAUCAUCUAGUCCAGGUAUUUUCCAAAGAUAUAUGGAAAGACUCUUAGCUGGGAUACCACAGGUUGGAGUUCUUCUGGACGAUAUUAUAACAACUGGAAGGAAUAAGAACGAGCAUUUACGAAAUUUGAGAGAAGUUUUGAAACGAAUGAAAGAAGCUGGUAUAAAAGCAAAGUCUAGUAAAUGCAAAUUUUUUGAAGAGUCGGUGACUUACUUGGGACAUACAAUCGACCGGAAUGGAAUACAUCCUACUGAAGAAAAAAUAAAAGCCAUUCGAGAAGCACGGUCACCUACUAAUGUCAAGGAACUCCGAUCAUUUUUAGGUUCUAUUAACUACUAUGAACGAUUUAAUCCGGGACUUCAUGCCAUUUGCAGUGAUCUCCAUAAGCUGACUGGGUCUAAAUCGCAAUGGAAAUGGUCCAAACAAGAAGAGGGGACAUUUAAAAGAGUAAAAGACAUUCUAUCAAGUAAAGACACAGUAGUGCCAUACGAAGAAAUGAGACCAUUGGUAAUGGUCUGUGAUGCAUCAGAAAAUGGAUUGGGAAGUGUACUAAUGCACAGAUAUGAAGAUGGAUUAGAAAGACCAAUUGCUUUUGCCAGUCGUACACUAUUGCCCGCUGAAAAACAAUAUUCAAAUAUCGACAGAGAAGCGCUAGCUAUUAUGUUUGGACUCAGGAAAUUUCAUCAAUAUGUAUAUGGUCGGAAGUUUACUUUAGUAACCGACCACAAACCUCUACAACGGAUAUUUGGAAAUAUGCGAGAUCUUCCAAAAGUUGUAAAUAGCCGUUUAGUGAGGUGGGCUCUCCAGUUGAAUCAAUACAACUAUGACAUAGAGUACAGAAAAGGAGAAGAUAAUGUGUGUGCUGAUGUUCUAUCAAGACUUCCGAUUGAAGAAGAUCAACCUGAGGAGGCUCACAUUGGCUUUUUGAAUGUUGAUAAGGUUAACUCUAUCAUGUCUUAUGACCUCUUGAAACAAAAUUCAUUUACAGAUAAAGCAAUUAAAAUGGCAAAAAACUUUGUAUUGAGAAAUACAAGGCCCCCUGUUGUUCCUGAAAUGUUGAAGUCAUACAAACAGAGGAAAGAUGAAUUGAGUGUUGAAGAUGACAUAUUAUUGUGGUUUGGAAGAAUUGUAGUUCCAGAAUGCAUGAGAACUGAUGUUCUGAAGAUAUUGCACACAGGACAUCCUGGUAUUGUAUCAAUGAGGUCUGUAGCACGACACUAUGUAUGGUGGCCCAACAUGGAUAAAGAUAUCGAAGUUUAUAUCAAGAGGUGCACAUCAUGUCAAGAGAAUCGAGAUAAUGUGGAAGAAGUACCAUUAUAUCCUUGGAAUGUACCUGAUAGAGUUUGGGAAAGGGUACACAUUGAUCUGGCAGGGCCAGUCAACGGAUCUAUGUGGUUGGUAGGUAUUGAUGCUUUGUCAAAGUGGGCAGAAGUGGACUGUCUCAAGACAACAAACUCUUCAACAAUCAUUCAACGAUUGAGAUCUUGGUUUAGUCGAUAUGGAAUACCAAGUGAAAUUGUGACAGACAAUGGACCUCAAUUUGUAUCAAAGAAAAUGGAAACAUUUUUUGAGAAAAAUUCUAUCAACCACAUAAAAACAACUCCUUACCAUCCUAAAAGUAAUGGACUUGUGGAAAGACUAAUUCGUACUUUGAAAAGACGGUUCUACACAACAAAGCAGGAUGUUGGAGAUGGAAUGCUAGCUCUUCAAAAUGUUCUUUUUAGCUACAGAAACUCGCCUCAGAAAACAACUGGUAGGGCUCCUGCAGAAUUGUUUUUCGGUCGUAGACUACCAACAAUUUUUGACAAUAUGAAACCUAAUCUUAGGAAAAAGAUGGAGAUGAAGCUUUGGAAAGAACAAGGGAGGGACAACAAAAAAGUUCGAACUUUUGAAGAGGGAGAAGAUGUGUGGAUUAAGAAUGAACAUGGAAAUGGUUGGUCAGCUGGAAUGGUGAAAAAUAAAAAUGGACUGUACUCAUAUGAUGUACUUUGUGGAGGUGUUAUAAAAAGGAAACAUGCGGACCAGAUGAGACAAAGAAUGGGAGCUGUUGAAUCCGUGUAA